ACUUUUCGACUUCCAAGUCCCGGAUAAUCUGUAGUGGCUUGAUGUUCGUUAUAGAUCUACGGAGCUUCUGGAUGACAAACCGCUCGCUUUUUGCUAGUCAACGCAUGAGAUAUAAUAUUUGCUGCACAGCAAAAUUGGUCUAGAUGUCGACGAGGUCGCUCAACAUGGACAACGGACCACCGAGGAAAAAGACAACACUAGCAGGCACUCCAACAGUGGAUUUCCAGGAGGAGCUGAUCAAGGUGAGACUGGAAGGUCUCCACAUGAAGGGCAUAAUAAUGGCAGUGUUUUCUCCAUUUAAAGAUGAUGGUGAGUUGAAUUUAUCAAUUAUUGAUGAUUAUGCCAACUAUCUUAUAAGGGAAGGUGCAGCUGGUGUUUUUGUUGGUGGUUCAACAGGCGAGGGUGUCAAACUGUCUGUUGCCGAGAGAAAGUCAUUAUUGGAAAAGUGGGUUGAAGUUGUUGAUAAACGGUUAAAGGUUAUUGUUCAUAUUGGGUCAGAAAGUCUUUGUGAUUGCAAAGAGUUGGCCAGACAUGCUGAAUCUUGUAACGUUGAUGCUGUUGCGGUCAUGCCUCCGUCAUAUUUCAAACCUGCUUCUGCCGAGAAUUUGUUGCUGUACUUGAGAGAGCUUUCCUUACAUGCACCAGAUACACGACUCUACUACUACUCAUUGAAUGAUCAAUGGAGUUUGGAAGAUUUCCUGAAACUUGCUGAUAAGCAGCUGCCAACUUUUUGUGGCAUCAAAUACUCUGAUAUGUGCUUGUACAAAUUUUCAAAUAUUUUACGGUACUCUGAUGAGAAGUAUGAUGUGAUGUACGGCGUUGAUCAGCAACUGCUUGGUGGAUUGGCAAUGGGUGCUAAGGUGUGUGUUGGAAGCACUUACAACUACAUGCCUAGGCUCACACUGAGAAUGAUGAAAGCUUUUGAAAUUGGUGAUAUUGAAACGUCAAGAAAAGAACAGUAUCGGUCACAUGCUGUCAUUGACAUUGUCAUAAGAUAUGCUAAACCACUUGGAGGUCUUGCUGGUACAGGAAAAGCUGUCAUGAAAUUUAUUGGUAUAGAUUUAGGUCCACCUCGACCUCCAGAGAUGAAAGUUGCUGCUGAUGCAGAGAGAGAAUUGCAACAAGAGCUCAAAGGGAUUGGUUUCUUUGACUGGAAUUAAGAUGUGAAGAUGUCUAUAGACUGUAGUUAUAGAAACAUGUUGAUAGUCUGUGAUAUGGAAUACAGUGUACUAUUCUCGCUACAGCGGUCAUGCGCAUG